AUGGCCACCUGGAUAUUAGCAACUGCAGCCCUGGUUUCUGCCUUCCAGCACUCAGCCGGAGCCGGAGCCACGGCUGAGAAUGGACCACAAGUCUUCCCAGAUACUGGCCUGUUACUUUGCCAGCCAGCACCCAGAUGUGGGGACCGGAUUUACAACCCCUUGGUGCAGUGCUGUGACGAUGACACCAUCCUGCCCCUGAAUGACACGCGCCUCUGUGGCCCUCACUGUGUCUACUGGCCCUGUUUCCAGCAUUGCUGCCUGGAGUCCUCAGUCUCCAAGAGUCAGAGGGUCGUUAGGUUCAAAGUCCCGGGCGUGAAGCCCAACUGCAGAUCCUCCCCGAUCUCCACAAUCUGUGCCCAGGAGCCUCUGUCUGCAGAAGCCUCACCUCACCAGCUCUCAGUAAGAUCUGACGUCCUCUAGCCGACCUUGGAGAACAGAGUUCCAAGUCAUCUCAGAAUCUGUAUUUUUGUAAUCAGUCAUUUGGACAUUGUUUUUCCACUAUCUCCUUUUUUGUAUUAUUAACCGUCUUAGAUGGUUUCGCACAUGUGUAUGAUGCAAUGAUGUGUUCU